AUGGAGAGGAUCAACGAGCUACAGUCCUUUAAUUUGUCGGAAGGGAAUGAACGAGAGAUGGACUUUCUCGAAUCAUCUUUCUUUAGGUCACCAAAUCGACACCUUCCAACACCGGCGGAGGUGAAGGCUUUAUCUGGAGACGCGUCCACAAGCUCUCAACCACGGCCUGUAACAUUCUCGGACUUAUCGAGGACUUUCCAAGAGAGUGUCCCCGUCCCGGAAGUUGUUGGAUGGCGAAUUGAUCAAGAGAACAAUGUUUUUAUCUAUAUGGAGCUUAUUUCAGGGCAGACUUUGCUGGACUGUUGGGAUGAGCUGAGUAUUCUGGAUAAAAAUACACUUUGUGACCAACUAUAUCAGAUCAUCGGUGAUCUACGUCAACUCGAACAAGAAUCUUCAAACAAGUAUAUUGGAUCUCUUAGGCAGAAGCGACUUCUAGAAUAUGUCUUCCAAGAAGGGCGGGAAGCCGGGGCCUUCUCCAGCAUUGGGGAAUUUAAUGACUGGCUUUCUUUCUUACCGCAGUCGCGUUUUCCUAUGUUAAAUAGGUACAAAGAUCCCUAUAGAGAGUUUCUGCCAGACACUGGGGAGAUAAAAUUUACUCAUGCGGACCUUCAUCGAGGCAACAUAAUCGUGUCUACUACAGGACCAGCGCGUAUUCUUGCCAUUGUGGAUGGGGCACAAGCAGGGUGGUAUCCGGAUUAUUGGGAAUACUGCAAAGCUUGUUACACAUGCUUGUAUGAGGAUGAAUGGGGUCUGGAAGUGCUCUGGGCCGAGAAGGAAAUUCUGGUGUUCAAUAUACAUCAUGACGAUUGA